GGUUCUCAGUCAACAAGGCGUCAUGAUUCGAAAUACUCGUAGAGUGUUGAAGGGUUAGGGUAGGACGCAGAUUCCUCGUGGUCAAUGUAAACAUUCCAUGCGAUAACUCUUCAGGCCCGGUGCAAUGGAUUUCCAGUCAGCUAUGGAAACCUUUGCAGAAGCAUGGGUCGCAUUCAACACCCAAACCCCCUUGACUGAAGCUGCAGAAACGCAGGUUAGUGGGACAGCUUUCAGUAGCUUCCAGGGGCUGAUGUUAAGCGGCGGUGUGGUUUCCGGAGGAGGCUGUAUGCAUGACAUGAAUCCAGAGCGCCGGGAUAAACAAGACGGUUCCCUACCCUCAGAUCCAGGUCUUCGCAGUCCCGGGUCCUCUUCGACAGCGGCCUUGUCCUUGGUCGAAUUCAGGCCUUCGGGGAAGUCGGCUUCAUCGGGUCAGACUGGUCGGUCGAUUCCUGUCCACUGCAUAGUGGAGCAAGUGACACCUCAAGGACAAUCCGUAAACCUCUCUCAAGCGGCUGUGGACCAAGACAGCUUUGCCAUCAUCCCCAGUAAUGCUCUUUUCUCAGAAAUUGUCCACACGGCCCUCAGUAAGCUCGGUUAUUCCUCAUCUGCAGCCCUUACAGCCAAAGGUGCUAUCCAAUUGAAGAACUGGAAACCGCUCUCUUUCGAUCAAAUCACGGAGUCGCCAGAAGCAACUGUUGGAGAUAUCUUAGGUGAAUUAUCUUCAGCAGCAACUUUAAGAAUACGUUUGUACAGUCGUCCGAAGCUUCACAGUGCUAAUGACGUAAAGGAAAAACUAUUACAAGUCCUUUUGGCUCAAUCCCAGAACCUCUUGGUCAAUUCCGGUUGCCCGAUCGACCAGGUGGGUAGUGUUCUCCAAGCUCUGACCAAAGGUCGUCUCGAGUGUGAUAUACCCGAUGAAACAAGAAAAAAAUUCGAUCAGUGGUACCUCCAACAAUUUUUUCAGCAUUGUAGACAAGUUGCACUGUUGCAGCAACAGCAUCAGCAACAACAACAACAGCAGCAGCAACAACAGCAUCUUCAUCAUCACCAUCCUCAUCACCCGGCCAUUGUGCAACCCGGUGAACCCAUAACGGUUUCUGGAAGCCCACCACACAGCGGUCCUCAGGACCUGGUUUCUAGAGUCGCAAUCGCUGGACCCCAGUCACAAGGUCGAACUCGCAUUCGAACUUCUUUUGACCCAGAACUCGAACUACCGAAAUUGCACCGUUGGUUCGCUGAGAACCAGCACCCAUCCCGGUUGCAGAUUCAGCAGUAUGUGAGAGAACUGAACUCUUUGGAAUCUCGAAGGGGUCGCAAACCUUUAGAUGUGAACAAUGUAGUUUACUGGUUUAAGAAUGCGCGUGCAGCACAUAAAAGGGCCGAACAGAAGUGUUGCUCUGAGAGCAACGGGGUUCGAAGCCCUUGUGGCGAUGGUGGGGGCGAGAGCCGCUCUUUAGUGUCCGAACAGAGCAGUUGUCGACCCUCCACUGAAGGCGAAGGGGAGAGGUUUAGUGGUGGCGAAAGUCAUUCUGAGUCCCAGGCUAAUAGCUCUGAUGAUUCAGAUAAUGCUCAUACACUGGACCUCUCCGUUCGUCGAUGUCAUAAUUAUACUCUUAUGGGUGAUCUAGACCAUGGUGAACCUCAGGUUGAACUGAGGAUCAAAGAAGAGCCAAGAGACUCCAGUAGUGAACAUUCCAUUGAAUCUAGUGAUAGCGGGGACGAGGAGGUUGAUGUAAUGGAAGACAUGAACAUGACAACCGACGAACCUGGAAUCAGGGAAGAUUAUGGUGAGGCCAUGCAGCAGAAUGGAGGUGUAUCUGGAAAUGAUAGUUUGGUAUCUCAGGAAGGAGAUGCUGAUCGUCAGGGCUCUGGAAACUAUCCCGGUCGCGUCUUAGGACGCCUCGAGGAACGAAGGAAAAGGAAUCGAACCUUCAUUGAUCCUGUUUCUGAAGUUCCGAGACUAGAACAAUGGUUUUCAGCUAAUACCCAUCCCUCUCAUAGCCAGAUAGUACGUUUCACGCAAGAGCUCAACAGCAUGCAAUACAGACAAAAAUUCCCAAAACUCGAACCAAAAAACAUACAAUUCUGGUUCAAGAACAGAAGAGCCAAAUGUAAACGACUCAAUUUAGCUGCCAAUUUGCAAAAUAUUAGCUGUACGGACAAAAUGAUAUUGCCGGCUAAUUAGACAUAGCUGGAAUUACUCAUAACUUACAUCUGGUGCUCUCAUGAUUAUGUAACCUCAAUCAUAUUCUAGCCUCUCUAGUAAUGAUGUCUGGAACUCAGACACUCGACAUGAUUCAAAUGCAUGGGUUACCAGAAAUGUUUGCCAAAAUGACAGGAAUUAAAUAUUAUUUUAGAGGGAAAAACAGAGUAAACACAACACCUCAUGGCCAGUACAUUUUUUCCCUUGGCCAGAGCUAACGUGAUUUGAGAGCUUUCUAUUUUAAUUCACUUGCAAUCCGAAUAACCUAUUAACCUCUCAUGAUUGUAAAUAUUUCAAAGCGUGAGUAUUGUAGGUGAUAAUGUGUGCUUAGCACUCUUUGAGUUACAUUUCAAUUGUUAUGGUUAUAUUAUAUGAUUGAAUUUUACGAUUGCUGGUCUAGUUGGAUCAACUUGCUAAAAUAUAUAGUGAAUAAGUACACUCUAAAAUAAAUAGAAGUAAACGGGGGAAAAAAGCGGUGAUAUUUUCGACUUUUGCUCAUGCAUGCUUAAUAUUUUUCAACGUUUUCGUCAUUUAUAACUUUUCUUAAAAGAACACGUAAAACGACUUCAAGGUUUUUUGCUCAUUUAAACUUUAAAAAAAAUGAAAAAAAGAAAAGAAAAUAUUUGGAUGUUGUCUGAUGGUUCCUUUACAUAAUUCAGUCAUUUUUUAAAAUUUUGUAUAGCUCAUUUUAAUUGAUAAUCACUCUUAAUACUCAUUUAUUGUACAUUUAUAUGACAAAAGUGCUCUUUAGAAGCCGAUUUAUUUAUGUAUGUAAAAAUUAUAUACAUACGUUCGUGAUGUUAUUUAUUAUGUCUAAUAUAUACUUUCUGACUUAAAGUUUUUUUAUAUAUUGUUCUUGGAUGUUGUUAAAUGUAUAGUAAUGUUGAUGCAAAUGUUUUCCAAUAGUUAAAAAUUGUUAGUCGCUAUGAAUUUGAAUCACUAAUCCGGUUUUGACUUUAAAAGGCUUCUCAAAUUAGUAUAAAAUCUUUCCCAAAUGCUCUCAAAAUACUCUAGUAUUUGUUCUCUCCCAAAUACUCUAAAAAAAAACAGCUAAAUUCCUCCUGUAAACUUCUGCCGCAUUCUUUUAAAAAUUGGACGAACCAUGAAUGCUAUGCUCUGAUUCUGGGAAUUUGUUUCUGAAUAGUCUUCUAAUUUUAAACUCUAUAGUGCGGUAAAAUCUUAACAAGGAAAGGGAAAAUUUAGCAGUAAAUUUUCUGACAUAAAAAUUAUUAGAAAUAAGAUCUGAAAAUAAUUGUGCCCACAUUUUAAAGGUCAGUGCAGAUCAGAAUUUUAUUUUUUGUGUUCAAAAUGACAAAGUUUAGAAUUUAUUUAGUUUCUCUUCUCUAAUUUUUUAAGAUUUAUGUGACCAAGACUUAGGAAAUAUGAACAAAUCGUAUAUUUAGUAUUUGUUCUAGAAAUUUUUAUUGUAUAUCUUUGAAACUUAGUUAAAAGGUUUACUAAUUUAUAAUUAUUUAAAUAUUUAUGCAUUCGAAAAAUUCUGAGUAUUUUUAGUUCAUUGAACAAUUAAAAUUAAGUAUGAAAUCUAAUACAGUGAAAUGCUAAAUUGGAAUUGCAAUUUGAUGUUCCAAUGAAAUUUUUUUUAAAAUUUUAACCGAAAAUAAGAUUUAUCACAGUCAGUUUUAAUACUCCAUUGGCGACUUUAAUAUUGGUUUGUCUUCAUUUGUGUAGCUUAAUUUUAAAAUCGCUUAUGAAAUUAUUAAUAAUUGAUAGUAGUUUUGCUAAAGGCCCUUUAUUGUUUUUAGAAUUUUUCAUGUUCAUAUCAGUCAUUUUUAAAAGCAAUCUUCACAGUUUAUAUUAACCCUUUCUAUGGCCGUGGGAAGUAUGCUUCCCACCAAAUUUAUCAAACUUUGCAUGAAAUUAUGUAGGUUGGCAUAAGUUCUGACAAAUUUUUUUAGUAAGUCAGAAACUUAGAUGCUUCUGUUCUUUAUCUCAGACAAAAUGAUUUGUCUUGAUUUGGUACUUAAUUAUUAACUAACUAAAUUAAUUAAUCAAAUGAAAUUUAUCUAAUAAGCUAAAUGAAUCCCUUUUCUUAUUCUAAUUUCCAGCCUAAAAAUAUUUUAACAUAAUAUGACUAAAAAAAUGGUCCUUUAAAGGGUUAAAUCUAAAGGAUGUUUUAAAGUCAUUAAAUUACCAAAGACGAUUGUACUACUCAGUUAUAUGUACAACAAGGCAAUUGUCUGGAGGGGGAGGGAAUGUUUAUUCAUUCUUUAACUGUGAAUCUAUCCGUGAAGAUCGGUGAAAAUUAUAAACAUUCAUCUUCUCUCUAAAUUAUUUCUAAGAUUGCAUCAUUUCUUUCUAUGUGUAUAUUUUUUAAUACUUGAACAGAAUUAAACUGUGGUAGAUAACCAUCAUUAAGACAAAAAGAACUUUUUUUUUGUCCCAAAAUCAUUUUUUCAAAAUCUAUCGGAGGUUAGAAAUAAUAUAAUGAAUUAUGAAAUCAAAUACUCUCAUAUUCCAUUUUUUUAAUAUAUAAAUAUUGAAUAAGCUGACUUUGAAGAGCGUCAUCAUAUUUACAUAAAUAAUACAAGCAAAAAUAGCAAUGUAAAAAGAAAGAGAAAAAAAGGCAAAAUUUUUAGAUCACUUAACGCGAUAAACGCUUUAUUCAUUUCCAAUAGUCACUUAUUCAUGCAUUUGGAUACUAUUAACGCAUUACAGGAGUUAAACGUCAAAUAAUUCACCAAGGAUCACACGAUAGAUUCAGUAAAAAUGCUAAAUUAAAAACGCCAAAAGUUAUUCCGUAAUUAUUGUACGUCAGUACCAUGCGAGACGUUCUCUGACAUGACAAGUUUAUUAGCCAGUAUGCGAGAAAGAUUGGAGGAGACUACUCCCGCUGGUUUACAUGUUGUAUUGUUUACUGCACUUGAAAAUUAUCUCGUAAAUUUCUUUAUAAAUCAUUAUUUGCCGAAUAUUGAAAGGAUCAAAGUACAUCGAUUGUAUUAUCACAUCAAGCUGAUUAUGAAAAAGUGUUUUUAUACGUUUUAAUGAAAACUCAUCUUCUGAGGAUUGUUUGUUCAUCAGGAUUUUCAAAAUGACUGUUGUGUUGCAGGUUAUAUAAACAAUGAAAAUGUAAGCUCAAUUUUAAGACUGCAUAGAUUGUAGAGAAUAGGCAUCUUUCAUUUCUACUCUUAUCACUGUUGCAAUCAACGAUAUUUGAGCUGCAAUUCGUCCUGAAAGAGUUUUCUAAUAUCACCCAAUAUCUGCGAUAUAACAUUAGUCGUUUAUAUUAUCCCUUGCUUUUUUCAAUUAACUCAUUUUUUUCAGUGGACCUCUACCCCUUUAACUGUUUUACUUUUUUUUUUUUUUCGUUAUCUCGUUAGAUGACACCAUCUAAUCUUAAUGAAUCAGUUAAAAACCCAUAGAAUACUUGAGAUGGAUUGUGGAUUAUGUAUGAUUUUUGUAUCAAACUAUAGUGUGUUUGAAUUAUUUAAUGCCAGCGUGCAAGAUCUGAGAUAUGAUAAUUCGAUGCCCAUUUCACUCACGACGAUUGAGGAGUUAAAUGAUUGCUCGCCAAAAGAAUUUUUUGCAUAUAUAUUCAAAAACGAAUAAAAGCCAACGCGCGCUAGUCAUACAUACAUUAGAAUUAUGUACAGCUAAGGGCCAAGAACAGAAAAGAUGCUUAAAUGUUUCUUUUUUGCUUAAUUUUUGUCUUUCAAUAUGAUCCAAUUCUAAUAAAAAAUAUUUAAUGAAUUCUAUUCGUAUUAAAGAUGUUUGAGGUGUCUAUUCUCCCUAGACGUUAAAGUUGAAGCAUUUACUGAUUGCUUUUCCCUUCCAGAACAAAUAGCAAGCAAAAUGUUAACAAAACGAAAGUUAAUAAUUAAUGGCGUUAUUUAAUCUUAUGUUUUCAAAAGUUUUGUAAUGUCUGCCACUUUGUAUUUUUAUUUCAUGUUAAAUGUGUUUUUUUUUUUUCAGUUGUAAUCCCAGAUACGAAGGCUAUUUCGUGUUUUAUUAACUAUUGUAAAUGAAUGGUGGAUUGUUUAAUUUUUAUAUGUUACAAGCGGAACUCUCCUUCUAAUUUAAGAAUUCCCAAACAGAAAAUUAAAUCAAAAGAGGAAUGUGCAAUAUUGGUAACAUUUAAUCAAAAAUUCAGUAGAAGAGAGUUGCGUAUAAUAAAUAAUAUGUUUGUUCAUCAUAUAGCACUGUUAUCUUUAAAAAGGGUAUCGACAUUCCUUUAAUUUACUAAUGAUCGUUUUUGAUAAAUUGAAAACUUUGAUCCUUAUACAUAAAUUUAAUAAAUCCACAGAAAAAUUUUAAGUGCUCCCCUAGCCUCCUGUUGUAUAUAUUUAUAUAUUACCGUUAAAGUUUGAAAGCUGUUAAUUUGCAGAUUGCUUAGCUAAUCUGCAGAUUAACUGAUUUGCUCCGUUAAAGUGAGGAAUCAAGAAUUUUCCGUAUCGUUAAAGUGCUAAAGUUUCUCCCUUUCCCUAUUCCUUCCCCCUUCACCCCCCCCCACUUUUAGUUCGCAGAGAAAAUAUUAGCAGUUUCUAAUGCAAAGCUCCAAAUAUCGAUGAAGGUGUCACUGUGGUAAUUAACUCUGCUGUUCGGUUCUGAUCUAUAAGACCCAAAAUAAAAUUAAUACGCUCUUAAAAAAAUAUAGUAUACAGGGUUAUUUCCAUGAAACUUUUUGACAUUUUAGGUAAAUAAUAUAAAUAUGUACUCCAAAAUAGAUUUAUGUUUAUUUCUAUUUCGAAGGAAGAUUUUUCAAUUUAGACCUAAUGUAUCGUUCGUGUCAAUACAUCUCAAUGCCCAAAAAUCGUUUAUUUUAACUCAUACAUGUUCACUUCUUUUAUUUGGAAUAAUUCAAAAGAAAAGAAUAACAAUAGUUUCUCUAAUUUAUCCGUUUUCGAAACCUGUUUCAUUGACGUAUGUGUUUGGUCACAUGACAAGAGAGCGCAUGCAAGGUAGAAAAAAAAAAUUGAUGAUUGGCAGCGGGCCAAACUAUUUGCUCUUAUUACAAUAUUUCUUUAUUACUGCUGUAUUUUACUUUCUGAUAUACUGUAACUGAGUUGUGAAUGUGGGAGAAAAAAUGGCGAAUCGCAUAAAUUUGUGUCACGCUGAUAUAGCUAAACUACUAGAAGCUUCUAACAGCUUAGAAGAAGUAUUAGAGUAUGAAAACAAGGGCCAAAGCCAAAAUAAAAUCAGGGAAUGCGAGUAGUAUGUAAUCUUACUUAUGGGUAUUCGGGGCAAAAUUUUACAUGUGAUAAUUUUUUCACAUCUUACAACUUAGGACAACUUCUUCUAAAACGGAAAAUGACUGUGCUUGGCACCAUUAGAAAAAAUAAAUCGGAGCUUCCAGAAAAAAUGCAAAAAAAAAAAAAAAAAAAAAAAAAAAAAACCUCAUAAUUUUAUUUUGCAGAAGACACAACAGUUGUAAACUGCAUCCCAAGAAAGAACAAGAAUGUUAUUCUUAUGAGCACUUUGCAUCAUGACAAAGAAGUUAGCAGCAGAUCUGACAGAAUAGAAGAAGUAUUAGAGUAUGGAAAUCAUACAGGUGAUGAAAUUGAGAGUGAAAGUUCUGACAACGAUUUUGAUACCGAUAUUCAACAAAUGAAUUAUAAAGAGUAUUCAGUCCAAGAAUCGGGAAAUAAAGUGGAAGCUGGAACCGCUCCCACAUUCUUCUCAAUCAACAACUGCUAAUAUUAUAAAAACUACAUCAGGAGUCACAAGAUAUGCAGCGGCAAGGAGAACAGACGUAGAAAGUGUAUUUGAUGUAGUAUUCAAUUCUACACUUGAAAAUGAAAUCAUAAAAAUGAUUGAUAUUGAAAGAAAAAAAGUUGAAAUAUUUUGAAGAUCAAACUUUUCGAGCAUUUAUUGGAUUGUUAUUGUUAGCUGGUGUUUAUAAAUCAUAUGGAGAAUCAACAAAAAUUUAUGGGAUAAAGAAACGGGCAGAAAUAUGGUUCGUGCGACAAUGCCCUCGAAGCAUUUUGCACCAUAUCGAGAGUUAUUCGUUUUGAUAAAUCCACUCGUCAAGAAGAAAUUUGGAUAAAUUAGCUGCAGUGAGAGAUAUCUGGGGAAAGUGGAUAGAAAUUCUACCAAAAUUAUAUAAUCCGAAUGAAAAUAUUACUGUAGAUGAACAAUUAGUAGGAUUUCGUGGCCGAUGCCCUUUCAAAUAGUAUGUACCAAGUAAGCCAUCAAAAUAUGGACUUUAUGUGACAAUAAAACUUCUUAUGUACUGAAAACGCAAAUUUGCACUGGAAAACAACAAGGGUCAAAGCCAGAGAAAAGUUAGGGAAUGCGAGUAGUAUGUAAUCUUACUUAUGUGUAUUCGGGGCAAAAUGUUACAUGUGAUAAUUUUUUCACAUCUUACAACUUAGGACAACUUCUUCUGAAACGGAAGAUGACUAUGCUUGGCACCAUUAGGAAAAAAUAAAUCGGAGCUUCCUGAAAAAAUGCCCCCCCCCUCAAAAAAAAACUUAUUAUAUUAUUUUGCAGAAGACACAGUUGUAAACUCCUUCGCAAGAAAGACCAAGAAUGUUAUUGUUAUGAGCGCUUUGCAUCAUGACAAAGAAGUUAGCAGCAGAUCUGAUAAAAAAAACCAAAAAAUAUUCGGGGCAAAAUGUUACAUGUGAUAAUUUUUUCACAUCUUACAACUUAGGACAACUUCUUCUGAAACGGAAGAUGACUAUGCUUGGCACCAUUAGGAAAAAAUAAAUCGGAGCUUCCUGAAAAAAUGCCCCCCCCCUCAAAAAAAAACUUAUUAUAUUAUUUUGCAGAAGACACAGUUGUAAACUCCUUCGCAAGAAAGACCAAGAAUGUUAUUGUUAUGAGCGCUUUGCAUCAUGACAAAGAAGUUAGCAGCAGAUCUGAUAAAAAAAACCAAAAAAAAAAAAAACCAUUACGAUCUUAGAUUAUAAUUCAACUAAAGGGACUGUGGAUACUCUUGAUCAACUUUUAAAUACAUAUACUUGUAAAAGAAAAACAAACCCAUGGUAGUAUUCUUUAACAUACUUGAUACUUCUUCGUACAAUGAAUUUAUUCUGUGGACUUCAAUGCAUAGUGAAUGAAACGAAAACAAAUUGACUAAACGAAUGCUAUUUUUGUAAGAACUAGGAAAAUCACUCGCUUAUGUUAUUAUUGUUUAAACCAUUUCUUAACCUCUCAUUUAUUGCAAGAAAGAUUAGUUUACUGAACCGGGUUAUAUUGAUCCGAACGCUACAAACGUGAAAUAAAUACGAACAGAACAGCAGGGUUAAAGUACCCGACGCAGACAGAGCAAAAACUGAUGCCCACUCGAUUUUAGCUGCGGCUCUUCGUAAAACAGAGGAUGGGGUUUAUAAACUUGGUUCUAAAACGUGUAUUUUAGAACAGUUGAAUGCGAUAUUUGAAUUCAGUGUUCGCCAAGAGAGAUAUUUAACAAAAGAAGAUGUCCUUGUUGUAGAAAUGCCAUUACAUCAAACAGCAAUAAAGCAAUCCUUUGGUACCGCGCGGGGUUUCAAAAAUGCGACUGCAAAUCUUAAUGUACCAAGAAUAGAUGCGAUUGUCGCAAAAACCAGUUGCUAUUCAAUUCAAAGUGUCACCAGUCUUUAGAUUGCACUAAUACGUAAGCAUAAUUUUAUCAUAUGUUUCGCAAAUUCAUUUCUUUAAUUGUAAUAAUAUAUUAAACCUUUUGAUUCUUUAUAUUAUAGUUUUUCAAUUCAUUGAGUGAUGAUCGAUUCUAUCAACUAAUUUGUGUUUAGCUUUAUCAAAAUCGAAAAGAUAUUGGAAAAGAAAUAAACAAUAUUUAAUUUGAGCCUACAGAAACGUUGCUGUUGUUCUAGCAAAGAUCUUAUUUUCAAUUUAACGAGUGUCUGGUAGGUAAUGUGCAGAUUUUCUAGGUAUAUCGAGAAAUGAAACAAUUUUCCGCACUUGAACGGAUCACCCUAGUUAAUGUGCAUAUUGGGUAGCUAAUCUGAAGAUUAACUGAUUUCUGUACUUUAGCGGUAACAUAUACAUUUCUUAAAAUGCAAUGUUUUUGCAUUCUUAAUUAUGCAAACGAAAUGAAAAGAUGAUCAGUUAGAGGACUGCAACUUCUGAGAUUUUCCCCCCAUCCUGACCAAUAAUGGUAAGUCUAGUCGUGUUUGGACCAGAUGUGUCAAAAUUUCUGUAUUAGAAUUUUCAAAUGUAUUUUAGUAUGAAUUAAAUACUUUAACUUGAUUUAACCUUCUAAUGUUGUGGUGCAAUGUACUUCUAUAUCAUUAUGUAUUUAAAAAGCAUUUCACUUUAUAAGAGAACCAUCAUACAUCAUCAUAUCCAUUUGAUUUCAUUUAUUUGUAAAAGCCAAGGUUUAAUGUAAUUAGCUCACGUGAAAACCAUAACGAAUUAAUGAAACAAAUGAAUGAAAAACUCAACUUUGCGCUUGUUCUGCUUUAUGUUUACAGUACAUUCCUAAUUCGGUAGUCCUGUCCUGUUAAAAGAGAAUAUGUAUUUAUAAAAGUUGUAGGUUUUAACAUCUGGAUGAUUUUUCUGUGUUAUAUAUCAUUUUUAAACUCCAAAUUUCACAUGACCGUAGACAAUUUUCAAGAUACCUCAAAUUGUGACAAAAGAAUGGCUUUGCAAGAGAACAGAACUCUGUAUAAUGAGAGUGGAAAAUAGCUUUGUCUUUCUUUGUAUAAUGUGUGCUAGAUAAAAAGAACUAUAACAUUCAUUUACAUAGCUUUACUUUGUCUUUUGAAAUGUUUAAUUGGAAUUUCUAUAAUAUCCGGAAAUGAUCUUAAGCUUUAGUACAUAUGUUAUGUUUAUUUCAAAAUUGUUUCUUUAUGAUCGAUACUCAUUUGUUUUUGUUGAUAUAUGUUGUAGAGAUUUUCUAUUUGCUGAUGAUCAUCCGUCUGUUGUGAAGUAGAUAAAGUAUUUUUACUUCUGUUUUUGCUAUUUAUGUUUUUCUUCUGAAACUCUUCACUACUGAUAAUACUUAUCUAGAUUUUUGCAGCAUAAUUCAUAGAUACGAAUUUAUUUAUUCGAUUUUGGAAAAGUUACAAUUAUAAAUUACUAUAUGAUCAACCGAAAGGGUACUGUUUGAUAUACUGCCAAAUACAUUGAUUUAACAUUUCUUUAAUGUCAAAAUUCAUUGUUUUCGGUUGAUCAUGUUACAUUACAUAAGUGUCACAUUCAAUUGAUAAAUUAACAACAGUGUGUAUUUAUUAGACUUGGACAAAGAGGUUGCCAAUGAUACUUUUAUUUUGAAUCCUACUUAUACCGUUAUCUUAAAUGAGGAGCUACUAUGAUUUCUAAGUAGUAUAAAACUUUAAUUUUAAAAAAUUUACAUUUUGUUUUAAUGUGUCGAAUUGCGAAUUGUAACUUUUUCCCUAAAUUUAGUUAAUGCGAAGUACUGAAAAUUCAAUUUCUUUCAAAUUUUAGAAUACUUGUAGAACUGUUACUAAAUAUAUAUAUAAUAUUACUUUAAAGAAGGGGUAGGGGGAAUAAUAUUUUUAACAUAAAAGUAAGCUAAGUUGAUUAAUAUUUGUCUGCAGUUAAAUUAUAAAACAAUCUUUUCUGGAGAUAUUUUAAAUUGGUUUUUGAAGACAUUUUGAUGUUAUUUUCUCAAUUUUUUUAAAUUGAAAAUUGCACAAGAUUAACUAUUUUGAACUUUUAUUUGCUUAGAAUGUUCUGUCCAACGCGUAAUAGCGCUACCUUUAUUAUUCUCUCUUUAAAUUGCAUUAGUUUAUUAAAUAUACUCCUCAGCCUUACCUAUCAUUUUGACUGUAAAAAUUCAUCUAUGAGAAAAAUCACAUUUUUUGCCAAUUUUUUUUACCAACAAAAAUUCUCUUAUUAUAUUGCAAUUUGUAAAGUCUGAUAUAGUCAUAGUUAGAAACGACUGAAAACAUGAAUUCCCUUAUUAGAUAACUCUCAGCAGUUUGCAUAUCUUGGAAGUAAAGAAAUCGAUAGGGCUGUGCAUUUUCUCUAAAUAAUACCUGCUGUUAUUUCGAAAAUAUGAAAUCCAAAAUGCUCUUUACUACUGUAAAAUUUUGCUAAAUUCCCUUUAAUAGAAAGCAUUACGAAGUUACAAGAAAAAUGUUCUGUUUUGCAUGCAAUUUUGACUAUUUUGUUAACUUUUUUUUUUUUUUUUUUUGCAUUACUGAUUGGUAAUAUUUUUUAAUGUGGUUUCCUUUAAUUAAGUAAGCGGCUAAAUAUUUUAUGAAUUCUUAAAUUUAACUUCUUAAAAGAAUGAGAGCGACAAAAUCAGUUCUAAAAAUUGUUGAAAGCUGUUCCAAUUACCGAAGUGUUAACAAGCAUUUAUGAAAUAAUUCCGAAAGAUGAAAGUAUUUAGUUUCUGUUCGUUUCAGGUUCAAUAAAAAUACUUUUCAAAUUU